AUGCCAACCCACAUAUCCAUCGCCGUCUACCGCGGCGACCCCAUUGACACCGUCAUGUUCCGACACACAGCGAUCCAUUUCACCUUUCCUGAUGGACAACAAAGUGCAAUGCACGUAGUCGGUGCACCGAGCAUGUUCGACUUCGAAGAAGCAGAAGGUAUAGAUCCAACCAAAGUCACAGGUCUUGCGGGCCUCAUCUAUGUCGCAAGUGUACCAGAUGUCAUCGAAAGGACUUCGAUCAAAGAUGCCUGUGUCCGUACACCUGUGCGAAAUGACCGUGAGCAUCGGGAUUGGAAUUGUCAGAACUGGGUUGGAGAGGCUUUGACGGAAUUGGUGGAGAUUGGGUGUUUGACCCAGGAGGAACGGUCAGCGGCUCUUGAUAAGAUGAUGGAUGUUUGUCUUGAGGCUGCGGAUGAGGACCUGGAGUGA